AUAACCAUAAGUAUGGUAUAGAAGAUGAUGAUCAACAAUUACGUCUGAGAAAAUUCAAGUCCUUAAAUGUGUAAGAUUUUUUUUUUUUAAAUAUAGGUCAAUGUUAUAUUAGUCGUAUAUUCAAAAUGCUGACGGUACAUGGCGGCAGAUUUCGAUUUUUAUUACUAAAAGACCAAAUUUAAUAAUACAUGCAAAGAGUUUUUUUUUUUGCAAAUGGCUUUCUUAAUUUAAAAUGCAAGAAGAAAAAGGAAGAGUUUUGGUAACACUAUCUUGUCUCGUUCUGCUCAACUUUAUCUUUUCAAAUCCAUCUCUUUUGAUAAGCUCGUAUAUGUCUCCAAGAUAAAUUGCCAGAGGACAUUUUGUUUGAAAGAUUCAGAAGAUCUUAUGUUGUAAAAGGAAGUUCAGUUCAGUUCACAAGGUUGCUGUAGUUUGGAAUCAAGAUUUCAAGAAGACUAAGUUUCAGGAUUGGUUGCACAUCGAUUGUAAAAUUCUGCGUGAAAAAAACUGCCUCCAUGGCCAUCACUAACGACGAUCUGGCUAACAACGAAGAAGUCUUGAAGAUAAGUGAAGAAAAGAGAAAGAGUUCAAGAAGAUCGGUUUCACUUCCAUCCAUAGACAUAUUAUUAGACGAGAAACCAGGUUGGCCUUUUCUCAAAAUAGCACAAGUUCACCGUUGCCACACACGGAAUGUCUCAGUGGUCAACUGGGUCAUGAGCUUACCUGACCGGUUUCCACAUCAUCAGCAGAAUCUAAACUCCGAGACAAGCUUUGUAAAGAAACAACUUAAGGACAUAUUGAAAGACGACAACAAAUGGUUUAGCUACAAUGUUCUUAAGACAGCAACAUCAGAUUUCUCUCAAGAAAAUCUUAUUGGUAAAGGAGGGUGCAGUGAAGUGUACAGAGGUGUUCUCAAAGAUGGAAAAAGCAUUGCAGUGAAAAUCUUGAAAUCAUCAUCUAAAGAAGCUAUAACAAAUUUUGUUCAUGAGAUCGACAUAAUCUCUUCUUUGAGUCACCAAAACAUCUCACAGUUACUUGGUGUUUGCGUCCAAGACAAUGAUCUAAUCUCUGUUUACAACCUUUCAUCCAAAGGAAGUUUAGAGGAAACUCUUCACGGUAAACAAAAGGAAAAGCAUGUAUUAUCAUGGGAGGAGAGGUUCAAUAUAGCAAUCGGCUUAGCGGAAGCGUUAGAUUAUAUUCAUAACCAAUGUUCUAAGCCAGUGAUUCACAGAGAUGUCAAGACUUCAAAUGUUCUUCUCUCAGAUGGGCUCCAACCUCAGCUGUCAGACUUUGGACUGUCGAUGUGGGAACCUACGACAUCUUAUAGAUAUUCGAUACAAGGUGACGUGGUUGGCACGUUUGGAUACCUUGCGCCAGAGUAUUUCAUGUACGGAAAAGUCAGUGACAAAGUCGACGUUUACGCCUUUGGAGUGGUUCUUCUUGAACUUAUAUCAGGAAGAGAUCCCAUUUCGCUUGAGAAUCCAAAAGGAGAAGAGAGCUUGGCCAUGUGGGCAAAGCCGUUGAUUGAGACUGGAAAUGAAAAUGAGCUGUUGGAUCCAGAAAUAAUAGAGACAUAUGACGAAACUGAGUUUCAGAGAAUGGUUCUUGCUGCUACAAAUUGUCUCACAAGAUCAGCCACACAUCGUCCCAGUAUUAAACAAAUACUGAGGCUACUAAGAGGUGUAGACGACGUCGAGAAAUGGUCCAAACGGAUUAACGAAGAAGAAAACGGAGAUUGCUUCGAUGACGAGGUUUACCCGAAUACAAGGGCAGAAUUACACUUGAGCCUUGCGAUGAUGCUUGAGGUUGAAGACGAUGAAUCUGUAUCAAUCAGUCCCAUGGAGAGAAGUAACAACAUCCUUUUCUCUUCUUGUUGUUCAUCUAGGGAACUUCAACCUUGCUUUUAGUGGAGUUUAUCUAAUAAUGUUUUUGUUAUUUUUACGUAUUAUGAAAAAUAACAAAAGCAAAACCGAACCUAUAGUUUUAUUGUUCUCAGAAUGCGAUCAAAGCUUUUAUCGUUCUAGGAGAGUCUUUUUUACCAUU